AUGGUAGUUAAAAUAGAACGAGGAAAAUUGUAAUUACUACCUAAAAUAAAGUAUUACUUCCCAGUUGCUUUAUUUAAUGGGAUUUUUUGGGCCACCAGCAUGCCUUCGCACGUACUUUACGCGUGCCUACAUGAAGACAUUUCAAUUGGCUCUUCUACCAUUGGAGACUUUGCCACUACUCCCACACCUUUGCAAAACUUGUUGAUUUAUUGCCUUUUGACUGUUUAGACUUUUAACACCUCCCUCAUCUACGCCACUUUGUCGGCUCCCAUAUCUAACGAACCCUGGGAUAAGUGUCUCGGGGUCUACUCCCAAAUAACACGCUUCCCGGCUCUUAUCGAGGAGUGGUCGGUAAGCCUAUUUCGAUACUUCACUUCCCUGUUCUACCCUUUCUUUGAGUGCGAUGAUUCAGUCUGGUUUAGUAACUUGAGACUGAAAUGCUGAUGUGUGGAAUCUCUGGAAGAGCAAGAAAUCCGAAGCAUCACAUUUUAUUUCCUAAUUCUUCGUUUUCUUUUUGCAGAAGGCGGUCAGGCUGCUCACACGUCAGCUGGGAAUCAUCAUGUUCGGCGUUAAGUUGACCGACCUUCCUAAUGAGAGCAAAUUAAAGCGUGGCCGACGUUCCUUUGGAGGUUGGUUAUGCGUUCCUUUUCGGUACCCCUUCCUAAGGCUUACGUCCUUUUGUGCCCUUCAUUGGCAUUUGUUUAGGAUGUAAGCUAUCGGUUUGUGGCGAUGCUUUAUGCGAAUAUCCAAAAACUCCACGUUCAGUUUUUUUGGCAAAACUAGAG